CUGCUCUGCCUCUGCUCUGCCUCUGCUCUGCCUCUGCUCUGCCGCUGCUCAGCCACUUUGCUGCAGCCACUUAUAGAGCCGGGCUCUCUGUCCCAGUCCCCGUUGCCAUCAUACCGCUGCCCUCAUCCGUCAUCUCGCCAAUCAUGUCUUUUGUUGUUCCUGACCUUGCCCAAACGGCCUCGCCCGCGAUUGUUCGUCGAAAGGGAACAUGGGCGCUUUGUCUACCCGGCGACUUCUUUGACCCCAGCCUCAUUGAAUCGGUUGUCCCGCCAGCGGCCAUCGAGAACCGCAUCCGCAGAGAUGGAUCAAGCGAGCAUCACAUCACGCUCAUCGACCCCUCUGAACCCGAGCCCGCCGAGACUUUGCUUCUGCAAUCCGCUCACGUUGCGCCUGGCGAGCUCAUCGAUCUCGGCAUCGGCAAGGUGGUUCGUGGAGCAUCGACGACGUGGUUCAAAAUCAUUUGCUGGCCACAGGGACAGCUCAUCCGGUCGCAGCUUGGCUAUACCCAGUGGAAGCACUUCCACGCUACCCUUGGCUUCCUGUCGUCCGAUGUCCACGAUGGCCCAGCAAAAGAUUCCACCGCCCUUGCUCGAACGUCGAUCCGGGAUGCAGAUGCUUAUGCCAAAGCCGCCGUGCACGCCGUCCAGAUGUCGUGGAAGGCGCUCUCCAAGGUCGGCUCGGUCCGGGCGAGCCUCGUUGACUUCUCGCUGGGGGUUCUGGAGUCUGCCUACGAAAUCGGCCUUGCGGAGGAAACGAGCUAUGAUGUUCUGGCAUGCCGGGCUUUCAUUCAUACACAGUCAUCGAACCUCAGCCACGCCAUCUCAGAUGCACUGUGGCUCGUCGAAACUUGCCCCGCAAAGGCCCUCGGCUGGAUUCGGGCAGGCGACUGCUUCUUCAAGCAGAAGCUGCCUCAGAUCGCCAAUCGGUUCUUCUGGAAGGCGGCACUUCUCUCCUCCAAAGACUCGGCUCACCACGAACAUGCCGUGACUCGGCUCAAGGAUUGCGCCCUUCGGGGCUGGAUCUCGCUUGCCAUCGUUGACCCACAGGCAAUACCAUAUCUUGGACACACACGACUGUCCCAGAUGACCAGUGCCGAGCAGAACAGCUAUGCUGCGCUUCUCCCUGCUAUCGUUCUGGAUCUGCAAGGCCAAGAGUUCGACCUCGAUGCUCAAGCGUCGCGCGAGCGCACCCUCGUCGACCUCGCCGGCAGCCGCGAGCCAUACCACCUGCCUCGGUUCUUCAGCUGGAUCGUGCCCCAGUUUCUCGCCGGGAUGUCGACGCCAAAGAGUCGGGACGACAUUGUCGCUCUCGAGGCCAUUGGCAUCCGCUAUAUCAUAACCUUGACUGAAGAGACGCCGCUCCCAGUGUCGUGGUUCGAGGGCACAGCCGUCGUCAACUACUUUUGGCCGACGACAAACUACCACCCGCCGCACCUGGCUCAGGCCGAAGAGUUCAUCCACACCGUUAUCACCCAUAUCCACGGACCCCAUCGAGGAGGAGUGCUUGUUCACUGUGGUGGCGGUAAGGGGCGGGCGGGCUCGCUGCUGGCCCUCUAUCUCGCUCGCUAUGGUACUCAGCUUCCUCCAUCGCCGUGCUCGCUCUGCUCAGCAUCGGGUGCCGUUGUUUGUGAAGAUCCGGCAUGUUGCUACGGCUCCGCACCAAUUAUGUCGGCCGAAAUGGCGAUCGCUCGUCUGCGGUACCUUCGCCCCGGAAGUAUCGAAACCGACCGACAGGAGAGCUUUGUCCACGAGUAUGUAUCGCAGCUCUGGAAGCAUGUCGGCCGCGGACUCCGCAUCGAGCGGAGGGGUCUCAGCGACGCAGAUCUGACUGUCCAGAUCCAAGUACAUGGAUCUUCCGCGAUCCCGGAACUAGUGGUGCUCGUCGGGCUCCCUGGGUGCGGCAAAUCUUGGUUUGCGAAGAAGCUUCUCGAGUCAUCGCCCCACUGGCACCACAUCUCUCAAGACGAAAGCGGCAGCCGAUCGGCCUGUGAGCGCGAAGUAUCGAAUCAUGCCAAGCGCCUCGGCGCCCAGUGCCGGUUGAUCAUCGAUCGAUGCAACUCAACCCCCGAAGACCGCCGGGCGUGGCUUGACCUCACCUUCAACCCAAGACGCAGUGCUGUGGUCUACUUUGACGUCUCCAGUGCGGUCUGUAUCGACCGAAUUCAUCACCGCUGGAACCACGCCACAGUCAAGCCACAUCAAGCGCAAACUGUAGUCGGCCAUUUCCAGAGCACCCUCGUCGCACCCUCCCUCAGUGAGGGGUUUUCCACAAUGGCAGUUGUCAAGUCGUUUGCCGAUGUCGAAGAUCUGGUGCAACGCUGGUCCCAGUCUGCCUCGCUGCCGGGUAGCGCUGGAUUGGCGGGCCAGGACUCGACAGAGGACACUAAUACCCCUGUGUCCAGCAUCAACGGAUCGCAUCGGCUGGAGAAUUUUGUCAAAUUCCCCCGAACCGAGCAUCUGGUGAACCUUGGUGCCGGCUCAGUGGCUUGCGACGACAUUGUCAUGGAUCCAAGGAGUAUGGCACAGUUUCUCACGCUGUCACAUUCCGAGGUUCUCACGAUCGAAGAAAAGGUCGACGGCGCAAAUCUCGGAUUCCGGAUCAGCCCGACCACGGGAGAAAUCGAGUGCCAGAACCGGUCCCACUACGUCAACUCCAAGUCACAUCCACAGUUCAAGGAGCUCCGGAACUGGAUGUUCCAGCACGAGCACUCGCUGCGCAAGAUCCUGUCCAGCGCCAAUCUGAUCCUCUUUGGCGAAUGGAUGUAUGCCAAGCAUUCGAUCCACUAUCUCAAUCUGCCAGACUACUUCAUCGCCUUUGACAUUUACGACGUGGAUGCCGGCACGUUCUAUUCAAGAGACAUGUUUCAUCGGGCUUUGAGCAACACCACACUGCAGACAGCGCCUGUACUCGACUCGUUCAGCCACUCCACGCUCUCUCCGCAGGAGCUCUCUCGGGAUUUGCUGACAUACCUUAACCGCCAGUCAGGCUUUGCCCUCAAUACCCGCAUCGAAGGCAUUGUUGUCCGCAUCGAUUGUGGCGACUGGCUGGUGAAACGAGCAAAGAUCGUCCGACCAGACUUUAUUUGCGGCAAUGCACACUGGUCGUCCAGACAGAUUCAAAAGAAUGAACUGGGCCCGAGCAACUGAGAUCGGUCGCGGAGCAACAUGUUAAAGAACGCAGUUGCGAUGUCGGUGCUGGAACGGCCGGGGCUGCCUUGGGACGGGACUGCGAGCAUUACCCUUGCAGAAGAUCGAUAUGCGUGAUCCCAUCCGUAACGAAACCGAACACUCUGGCUCCAUUUAGAGUAUGGAAUAAAGCUGUUUCUCGAUCUCAAGCGAAGUGCUUAGGGACUCGGUCUGCGUCAUGAGAAGGCCCUGAUCCCUUCCGAUGUCGAACGUGACCGUGAUUGGG